GUAUUUUUGAAAAGGUGUAGGAACAUGCUGCAGAAGUAUAUGUCACAAAGCAGCUAAGACUUGUAAACCAGCCUAGGCAACAGGAUAUUCAUUUUUGCAUCGGACUACAUUCCUCUAUCUCCCUCCCMCUAACUAACCCCACCUURUGGCAGAACCAGGAAGUCCCUCCCACAAACUCUCUUCUGGGAAAACAAAACUUARCUGAYUCMCGGUGUCGUUUGUCUGUGUGAAAGUGAACAACAACCGUCCAAAUGGCUCAGCAAGGAAUUCUGCUGGACCAGGACCAGUUCUGUUGUUCUGUCUGUCUGGAUCUACUGAAGGAGCCAGUCACUAUUCCRUGUGGACACAGUUACUGUAGGAGCUGUAUUGAGGGCUGCUGMGAUCAGGAUGAUCUGAAGGGGAUCUACAGCUGUCCUCAGUGCAGACAGACCUUCACUCCAAGGCCUGCUCUGAGAAAAAAUAACAUGUUGGCUGAGGUGGUGGAGAAACUGAAGAAGACAGGACUUCAGGCUGCUCCCCUUGAUCUGUGCUAUGCUGGACCUGGAGAUGUGGCAUGUGAUUUCUGCACUGGGACCAGAAAGCAAAAAGCCCUCAUGUCCUGUCUGGUGUGUCUGGUGUCUUCCUGCAAGACUCACCUCCAGCCUCACUAUAGUGUCCCUGCACUAAAGAAGCACAAGCUGGUCAAAGCCUCCACACAGCUACAGGAGAACAUCUGCUCCCGUCAUGACGAACUGCUGAAGAUUUACUGUCGUACCGAUCAGAAUUGUAUCUGUUYUCUGUGUAUGGUGGAUGAUCAUAAAGGCCAUGAUACAGUGUCAGCUGCAGCGGAGAGGACCGAGAAACAGAGUCAACUGGGGAUGAGUCAGCAGAAUCUCCAGCAGAGAAUCCAGGAGAGAGAGAAGGAGCUGAAGGAGCUCCAACAGGCUGUGGAGUCUCUCAAGCACUCCGCACAGGCAGCAGUGGAGGACAGUGAUAGGAUCUUUACUGAGCUGAUCCACUCCAUUGAGAGAAGGUGCUCUGAGGUGAAGGAGCUGAUCAGAGCCCAGGAGAAGGCUCAAGUGAGUCAAGCUGAUGGACUCCUGGAGCAACUGGAGCAAGAGAUAGCUGAGCUGAGGAGGAGAAACGCUGAGCUGGAGCAGCUCUCUCACACAGAGGAUCACAUCCAUUUUCUCCAGAGUUAUCAGUCUCUCUCCAGUCCCAGUGUCUCUUCAGACUUACCCAGCAUCAUUAUCCAUCCUCAGUACUUUGGAGAUGUGAAAAAGGCUGUUUCUGAUGUCAGAGAGAAACUAGAAGACUUCCUUAAAGGAGAAUGGACCAAGAUCUCCACCACAGUGAUUUCAGUGGAUGUUUUACUGCCUCCAGAGCCCAAGACUAGAGAACAGUUCUUACAAUAUUCCUGUCAGCUCACACUGGACCCAAACACAGCACAGAAAUCCCUCUCUCUGUCUGAGGGAAACAGYAAGGUGACAGUUGUUAAWGCUGUUAACGAUCCAAAUCCUGACCAUCCGGACAGAUUCACUGAUUGGUGGCAGGUCCUUUGUAGAGAGGGUCUGUCUGGACGCUGUUACUGGGAGGUGGAGUGUCAUCAUGGGACUGUUACAGCAGUCUCAUAUAAAGACAUAAGUAGAAUACGGAUGGUUAAUGAUUCCAGAUUCGGAUACAAUGACAAGUCUUGGGGUUUAGAGUGCUCUAGUAAUGGUUAUCGUUUCAGACACAAUAAUGUUGAGACUAAAGUGUCAGGCCCUCAGUCCUCCAGAGUAGGAGUGUACCUGGAUCACAUGGCAGGUACUCUGUCCUUCUACAGCGUCUCUGACACAAUGACCCUCCUUCACACAGUCGAAACCACGUUCACCAAACCCCUCUUUCCUGGGUUAUGGGUUGGGUACAAAAAUAAUUCUGCUGUGCUGUGUACACUAUAGAGUUCCCCAUAUUAGAAUGACGGUUAAUGCUCUUUUAGUUUGGUAUGUGCAAUUAUUUUGAUUGAUUUAAUCUUUAAUUUAGUCUAGGUUUUAAUCACAUCCAUAUUGAUGUAUUCUCACUUUGAUGAAGUCUAAACUAAAAAACAACUGCUGUAUUGUCUUUUUUUUUAAAGAAAGAUUAUUUGUUAUUUUCAAUAAGUUUUCUUAUUAUUUACCUAUUGAUCCUUGAAUUUGAAUCUGUUUAGUUUUCUAAAAUGUAUUUAGGCCUAUGUACUGUAUAGACUCUGAUGCUGCAGAUUUACUCCUCAAUCAACCGUCCAGCAGAUGGUGAUAUACUGUAACAAACAAUACAAUGUUAAAUAUUUCUUGAUUUACCUCUUGCCACUCAGCAAACCACCAACAAUAAACAGUAUUUCAAUAUG